AUGGCGGCAGCCAGUGAUUCAGAGAGGACAUUUAUUGGAGGUGUGAAACAUAAGAAAUAUGGUAGCACUUCUCGAUCGUGCUGGAAAUCUGAUUCUACCAUCCGUCACGAAAUAUCGCCAAAUGAUACGCUUCCCGGUAUCGCCCUCAAGUACGGUGUCUCGAUUGAGGAACUGAAACGAACAAACAACUUGUGGUCCAAUGAGGGUUUCCAUCUGCGCACAUUCCUGAACAUCCCGGUGACAUAUGGAAAUACAUUUGACCCACUUCCCAUCGAUGACAAACAGGUGUCAGACUUGCAAUCUGGGACUGUGGUUAAUGGUGUGCCUUCUGUGAAUGGAUCCUGCAGUCCACAAGGUUCUUCAUCUGUGUAUGACAAGUCAGAGAAGUCUCCUGAUUCCUUACUUCAGGAAAUUGAUUCCACCAUUGCACUGGCCCGGAGCCGAAUGUCCCGUCUCACUUCAGACAGCCCGUUUGUGAGCCCAGAAGAGGAUGUUCUUUUCAUGCGAUCAACUUCCAAUCGGUAUUAUUCAGUGAAUCAUCACCUCAGUGACAAUGUAAAUCCCAAUGACACUAGAGUGCUCCCAUGGACAGUAGUCAAACGAAACUCUUCUGCUUCUUCAAAGAAAUUACAGAGGAAGGAGGAGGAGGACUUUUUUGAAUUGUGAUCUCCAUAUCUGAAGGUCUAAUGAACUUCCAUUUGUGAUAUUUUAUUUUGCUCUCUCCUGCUCUUCCUUGUUUUUGAAGCAUGUCAUGGGAAAAGAACAGGAUU